UGCGAUGCGGAGGGAGGAAGAGAAACGCCAUUUUAAAGCAGACAAACACGCUCAAAGCACAAAACAUUUAAUGGUGUGCCACAUUUUCAAAAAUAUCGACGAAUUAACAUAUUAACAAAGAACAAAUCUAGAAAGAGAGAAGGGGGCCCUUUAAAGCGUGUUUAAUCCACGGGGGGCUGAAAAUGUCUGUCGACAGGAGAGAUGAGAAAGAUGGGGAACUGAAUGUGCUGGAAGACAUUUUGACUGAUGCUCCUGACCAGGAUGAUGAGCUCUACAACCCUGAGAGUGAACAUGAUGUUAAUGAGAAAAAAGGGUCUAAAAGGAAGCAUGAACGAGGAGACAGCCAGGAUGCAAAGCGGCUUAGAGCCUCAGGACACACUACCAGACAGCAACUAAAGAGAGCUGCAACAUCUUCUGGCUCAAACAGCAAAAAGACGAGCAAUCCCAGAGGAAGACACGCACCGGAAGACAUCUAUGAUGACAGAAAGAACCAUGCUGGAAGAGGAUCCCGGGCUGAUCUGCCUAAAGGCUAUAGUGAAAAAGGCCCGUCCCGCAGCAGAGACUCCCAGAGACGAAUCAAACCCCUGCUGCCUGAACUGACAGAGAAGAUGCGGAGGACCAGUGAGGAGAGUACAGGCAGAACGAGUCGCUCGUCCAGAGAGGAAGAGCCUCAUUCAGAUGAAUAUGUGACUGGCAGCUCUGUGGCUUCCUCUGAAGGAAACUGCUCUGAUGUCGAAGAAGGAGCCAUGCAGGAGGAAGGGGAAGAGAAGGAAGUGGAGGAGGAGGAAGUGGAUGAAGAAGAGGAAGAAGAAGAAGAGUAUGAACUGGAGGAAGAGGACCCACAGGAGGGAAAUGAACCGAAUGACUACGACACUCGCAGUGAGGCCAGUGAUUCCCAGUCUGAGUCUGUGUCCUUCUCGGAGGGAGAGUCCGUACAUUCAGCCUCGGGCUCAGAAGCGUCAGGGUCUGAAAAGAAACAUGAAAAACUGUCCUCUUCUGUCAGAGCUGUGAGGAAGGAUCAAACCAGCAAGCUGAAGUAUAUCCUGAGAGAGGCCAGGUUUUUUCUUAUUAAGAGCAACAACCAUGAGAAUGUUUCCCUGGCUAAAGCAAAGGGUGUGUGGUCCACUCUGCCCGUCAACGAGAAAAAACUCAACGCUGCUUUUCGCGCUGCUCGAAGUGUUGUGCUAAUCUUCUCAGUUAGGGAGAGUGGAAAGUUUCAAGGUUUUGCUCGACUCUCGUCCGAGUCUCAUCAUGGAGGUUCCCCCAUUCACUGGGUCCUGCCCGCAGGCAUGAAUGCCAAGAUGCUUGGAGGAGUCUUCAAAAUUGACUGGAUUUGCCGGCGGGAAUUACCUUUCACAAAAACUGCUCACCUCUCCAACCCGUGGAAUGAGCACAAGCCUGUGAAGAUUGGACGUGAUGGACAGGAGAUCGAACCAGACUGCGGGACACAGCUGUGCAUGCUCUUCCCACCGGAUGAGAGCAUUGACUUGUAUCAGGUCAUUCACAAAAUGCGCCACAAGAGGAGGAUGCACUCAGAGCCUCGAUCUCGGGGCCGACUACCCCACAGAGAGCCCGUCCCUCGGGACGUGGGAAGGCGUCGCCCUGAAGAAUAUGACAUGCACAACCGGAAGCGGCCCAGGAUUGAUUACACUCCAGAAUUCCCCCAGAGACCAGGUUUUAUGCAAGACCCUCGCAAUCAGCCUGUGGACAGGCGCUUCACUGGUGUCAGGAGAGAUGUGUUUCUCAACGGAUCCUAUAAUGACUACAUGAGAGAAUUCCACCACAACAUCGGGCCUCCACCACCAUGGCAGGGAAUGGCCCCGUACCCUGGUAUGGAGCACCCUCCCCAGCACCCAUACUACCAGCAUCAUCAUCAUCCUCCUCCACCGCAGGCCCACCCUCCGUACUCCGGACACCAUCCCAUGCCCCAUGAUGCCCGCUUCAGGGAAAAGAGGGUUGUUCGCUCUUUCGCCUCCAGUUUGCAUGACUACGAUAUGCGUGUGGACGAUUUCCUGAGACGAACACAGGCCGUGGUGAGCGGACGCAGGAGUCGCCCGCGCGAGCGUGACCGGCAGAGAGAGCGAGACCGGCCCCGGGACGGGCGACGCGACAGAGAGCGAGAGCGCGGCAGAGAACGUGAUCGCGAACGAGAGCGGAUUCGAGAUCGCGAGAGGGAAAAGGAGAGGGGCCGAUACCGGAGAUAGGGAGAAGUGCUUUUAACCCUGUUUUUGGUUUCUUUCAUUUUGUAGAUAGUGUGUUUAGAUUUAGCUUUUGAUUUCUUUUUUUAAAUAGUUAAUGUUCAUCAGAAAGCUGAACUGAAUCUUUCUGGGCAUUUUUUUUUAAUGUUCUCUCAAUCCCAUGCCAUUGUUAGCAUCAUGCAUGCAGUGCAUUAAACUUUAACUGUGAAACCAAAAAGCAAUUUUACCCUCACGUUUUUUUUUUUUGUUUUUUUUUUAAUCAUUGGUUCUGUAGCUGGCUCAACAUAGUUGAGAUGGAGCUGCUCUCCCCUUUGUAUGUUUUUUCUUUUAUUUUUUUUCCCUUGUGAGCAGACUGCCUGUUCUUUACGUGGGUAUUGCAGUUUUUAGGUGUUUGCUAACAAUGUGCUCGUCUUUGUGAUUUCUGUUGUACAUUUAAAUAAGGUCAUGGGUGCCAGUAUUCCAAAGCACUGCUCAAUAUGACUGUUGUAUCAAGUAUGUUUCGUUAGCUUUGUCUGAAGCCAGGCCUGUUUUCUAGUGUUUUGAUCGGGAAGUGAGUAAAUAUUCCUACAUUUGCUUCCUCUGUCCAGUCAAAGGAUAAAUGUCAUGAAGGUUUGUAAAAUGACUUAAGCCAUUUGUUGUUGAAGUAUCUGUUGGAUACUAAUAUGGAUACCUUUUGUACAAAAAAAUAAAAGAAAGUGAAUUAC